CGGUGAUAGAUUUGCUGAAUCAGCGAUUAUCAGCGGGCACUCAACUGAGACAACGUGAAGUGUUGCAUAUCUUCUCUGAUGUUGCUAAGGUCGUUGCUAGGCUACACCAUCGGACAAAACCCCCCAUACAUCGUGACCUCAAGAUGAGGUCAUUAAGGCUCUGCCCUUUGCCUCUAAGCAAGAGUUGAUGGACAAGAACCUCACCUUCGAGUGGAGCAAGAGAAGCCCUGAAAUUGAUGAGGUUGAACACAAAUUGGAAUUCAAGGCCUCAUCAAAUGGUCACUUCAAGGGCUUUAUCAGUUGUGAGAUCUCCAAGAACCAGAAGCCUUUCUUCACCGUGUACCACUGCCUCAAAGAGAGUGUUGAGGACGCCUCCAGCUCUGAAACUGAUGAGCUGUUUGCAGAUGUAAAGGAAGUGAUCAAAGAGAUACGCUCUGACUGGUACAGCCUGGCUAUAGAACUGGACAUUGACUAUGCAACUAGGAAGAGUCUUGAGAAGGACUAUCGCUGGGUUGAGCCGUGCUUUGAGGCCAUGCUGACACACUGGGUGAAGCACUCCUCUCCUCCCCCCUCCUGGUCUGCCCUUGUUAGAGCACUAGAGUCUCCCGCCAUUGCUCGUGGGGACAUUGCAGCAACCAUUAAGACAAAAGCUACCAGCGACAUCUCUCCUGUUAUUUGUCCUCUCACUGACUGUGAGGGACUGAGUGUGGAUCAUCAUUUGAGGGUAGUGAGGACAGCUGCCUGGGAGGUGAGGGGGACAUGGCAUCCUCUGGGAGAGCAGUUGGGUGUCAAUGAGGGGACACUAGAUGCCAUCAAGAGAGACUAUCAGAACGAGUCUGGUGUGUGUUUCACUAAUCUACUGGAGCAAUGGUUGACAGGAUCCACCCCCGCCCCCACACUAGGAGCACUCAUCCAUGCACUCAAGUCUCGUGUCAUUAGUCGUGGAGACAUUGCCCAACAGAUGGAGUCUAAACUAACCAAGCUAGCUUCACAGUAACAGCUCCACUGACUCCAUAUCAUGAUAGUGACUCGUACAUCUUUUAUUGAUCAGAAACAGCUAAUUAAUUUUUAUGCUUUGUUUUGCUGGUUCCCACUCUUGCUAAGAUUUGUGCAUAAUAAUAAUAAUGCAGUCCAUCAGCGUUAUAAUUAUAUAAAAGCAUAUACAA